UUCGCUGAAACAAGACCAUUGGUGGUGUAUGCCAUCGCCUGCGCACAUCACUGGGUGCGCGAGGCGAGACACGCCACACUGGUACUGAUGCGGACGCCCUUGGACGACUGCUAUGUCGAAGAACUCGAAGCGAUUCCGGCUUCGUGCUACUAUCACCUACUGCAACACCGCAAGGCCAUGGGGGCCCUAGCCCAGACCCUCGCACUAGACCAUAUGAUUCCUUACUCCAACGCAGACCAGGGAUUGACCAGUGGGAUCUUGCCUGACCAGAGGUUUGUGUGGGUGUCCUGCACAGGCUGCACCGCGUACACACUUCCUCGCGCGUUCUGCAACCCAUGGGGAUUGCGAAAUUGGUGGUGUGAGUGGCUGCUGCAAGUAGCUAAGCUGCUCAACGGUGUACCAUGCGGGCAGACCGUCCUUGAUCGACAAGCCAUGCGCUGUGCCUUGAAGAACGCGGCCACCUGCAAGACCUGUGGGCCUAUUGCGGCAUUUCACUUGCAGCAAUUCUCCCAGAGUCUCUCAGCUAAGGUGGACGCUAUGCUAGUGGACGAGA